CUCCCUCCUCUCUUGAUUCACAACCCUACACAACAUGUCUCCAGAAACACCCCCACAAAACCUUCUCUGCAUAUCAUGCUUCAUCUAUCUCCUCGCCUCUUUUCUUCUUCCAUGCAGUUGCAGCACUACCAGUAGUCCCACAGACAGGGGUGAUCAAAUCAAGGGAAUGUUUGUGUUUGGAAGCUCUCUAGUGGACACUGGCAACAACAACUUCCUCCAAACAACAACCAGGGCUGAUUUUUUGCCUUACGGAAUCGACUUCCCAGGUGGGCCUUCUGGUAGAUUCACCAAUGGCAAGAACGUUGUUGACCUCAUUGGCGACCACCUUCACCUUCCUUCCAUUCCUCCUUUUUCCAGUCCUGCAACAAAGGGAGCUGCAAUUGUACGUGGGGUAGACUUUGCUUCUGGAGGCUCUGGCAUACUCGAUACCACUGGCUCCUUUUUGGGUGAAGUGACAAGCCUAAACCAACAAAUCAGAAACUUUGAGAAGGUGACACUGCCUGAUUUGGAAGCUCAACUGGGGGUGAAGAGCAGCGAAUCACUUUCAAGCUACUUGUUUGUCGUGGGAGUUGGGGGAAAUGAUAUCACCUUCAACUACUUUCUGCACGCCAUCAACAGCAAUAUCAGUCUUCAAGCCUUCACUAUCACCAUGACAACCCUGCUAUCUGCUCAACUCAAGAAACUGCACAGUUUGGGAGGUCGGAAGUUUGCUUUGAUGUCUGUAAAUCCACUGGGGUACACCCCCAUGGCUAUCCAGCUUCCAAGUAAGGUUUACGCCAAUCGAUUGAACCAAGCGGCUCGCCUCUUCAAUUUCCGACUCAAGUCAUUGGUAGAUGAAAUGGAGGCUGAAAUGCCUGGUUCUCAGCUUGUUCUUGUCAACACAUAUCAGAUUAUAAAUACUAUCAUAAAAAAUCCUAAGGCCAAAGGUUUCAAGGACACGACCAGUCCCUGUUGCGAAGUAAAAUCCAGCGUUUCGAGCUCAAUACUAUGCAAAAGAGGAGGGGAGGCGUGUGGAAAUAGGAGCAGUUACGUGUUCUUUGAUGGACUGCAUCCAACAGAAGCAGUGAACGCCAUAAUAGCAUCCAGGGCCUAUCAUUCUAAUGAUUCAGAUCUCGUUUAUCCCACUAAUAUCAAACACCUUGCCAAUCUCUAGACUUUUCUGCUCCAAACGCAUCCACCUCAAUCCUAAGACGGUGAAGUACUUCUGAUGUUUUGGAUCUGUUUAUGCGCUUGUUUUAACGUGUUGGGUCAUUCCGAUGAAUCUAUGUAAUAUAUAUAUACAUAUGUAUGGGCAUUGUGUUAAUGUAUGAUUUCCUACUUGGAUUA